GUUGCAUUGAUAACCGACUAAGCUAUUCAACUUAAAUUGCUCUGAGGAAAACCUAGCAUCAAAAGAGACAAAAUUGCGAACCACGUAAUUAAAAUUUUUAAAUUGCGAAGAUAAAUUCUCCUUCCACGGUGAAAUUUAGUGGGAAUUAUGCGUAUAAAUACGCGAUUCCAAACCUUCAAGUGACAGUUCAAUAUUCUUCUUCAACACUAUCAAUCAUGAAGCCGCAAUUAGUAUCAAUUUUGGUAGCAAUGUCGCUGGCAGCGACAUUCGCUAUCGACGUUUGCUGGGGUCCUGGGAUUCCCUGCGAAGACGAUAAAGGAUGUUGUGAAGGAUUGAGCUGUAGUGGCGGAAAGUGUACUGAUCAAAGUAGCGGCGGUGGUGGUGGUGGUGGACCCGCAAUUUGCAUGGGAGAAACCGCUCCAUGCUCUGACGACGACGAAUGUUGUGAAGGAUUGAGCUGUAGUGGCGGAAAGUGUACUGAUCAAAGUAGCGGCGGUGGUGGUGGUGGUGGACCCGCAAUUUGCAUGGGAGAAACCGCUCCAUGCUCUGACGACGACGAAUGUUGUGAAGGAUUGAGCUGUAGUGGCGGAAAGUGUACUGAUCAAAGUAGCGGCGGUGGUGGUGGUGGUGGACCCGCAAUUUGCAUGGGAGAAACCGCUCCAUGCUCUGACGACGACGAAUGUUGUGAAGGAUUGAGCUGUAGUGGCGGAAAGUGUACUGAUCAAAGUAGCGGCGGUGGUGGUGGUGGUGGACCCGCAAUUUGCAUGGGAGAAACCGCUCCAUGCUCUGACGACGACGAAUGUUGUGAAGGAUUGAGCUGUAGUGGCGGAAAGUGUACUGAUCAAAGUAGCGGCGGUGGUGGUGGUGGUGGUGGUGGACCCGCAAUUUGCAUGGGAGAAACCGCUCCAUGCUCUGACGACGACGAAUGUUGUGAAGGAGUCACUUGCCAAAGUGGAACUUGUGCCUAGAAGUAACUGCCGUAACAGAACACAGAGGGCAGAGUUUGUCAAAGCCAAACACGAUUUUCCCUCAAGCGAAUAAAAAAACACUAAAAAUGUUAGAAAAUUCUGUAAUUUCUUCAAAAAUAAACCGAAUUUGAAAACAA